AUGACUGAAGCAGCUGGACUGUGGUGGUCGGAUAGUGAUAAUGAAAAUGAUAAUUUAGGAAAUAUAACGCCGAAUAAUACAAUUAGUAAUAUGGACGAGUUGGACGAUUUUAGCGAUAGCGAUAGUAAUAUUGACAUUUAUAGGAAUAUACGUAGUAGUAAUUAUGAAAACGAUGUUAUGGAUUUACUUAAUGUAGAAAGUAAUGUAGCUAUAGAAAGUAUUUUUAAUGAAGUAGAAGAUAGAUAUAUAAUUAGGAAUAAUAACGAAAAUCGGUAA